UGUCCCUAAGUAACCGAAACUCAUUUGCACACUACUGGUCAAGCAGCAACAAUGGAGGGAAGAGAGAGAAAGUUUUCUCUCUCCUCUCAACCGGAACCUUUCUACACUCCCCAUUCCUCUUUCUCCACUCCAAUGCAACAGCAUCAAUCUCAUGAAAUGGUGGCUUUGAAGAGGGCAUAUGCAGAUGUAAUUCUGAAUACUAUGAAGGAGUCUGCAGGUCGGGUAAUGGUGUCGGAAAAGAGAGCACUUAUGCUCCAGCAGGAGCUCACUGCGACCAAAGAAAAUGCUCUUCAUAUGUUAAUGCGUCUGAAGAAGAUGAUGGAUGCCAAGACAGCUGAAGCAGAGAAAGCAUCAUUGCAGCAACAAAGAAAAAUUGAAGAGCUUGAAGCCCAGUUGAAUGAAGCUGAGGAUGUCGUAACAGAUCUUAGGGCUGAACUGAAGCAUGUACACCUUGUGCUAGAAAAGAUAAGGAAUAACCAGGUGCAGCCUUUGAAUGGGCAGAACAUAAAGCAGGUUGCAACUUGUGUUAGUGUAAAACCCGAGAUUUCAAUAUCGUCUCCUCAUAAAGAACUUGAAUGUAUAACAAGCUGUGAUGUGGUAAACAAAUCAUUGACUAUGAACAUCUUAGAUAAGAAGCAAUUGCACAUCUCUAAUUUGGAGGAUUCUUCUGGCCAUGACUCUGACUUUGCUUCGGUCAUCACAAGAAGCAAGGAACCUGAACUUUGCCGAAAUGGAUUUACUCAGAGAAUCCGUGCACUUGAAGGAAAUUUGCUGGAUGAAAAGCUGCUCAUGCAAGACGUACACAAUCAACGUUAUGGUAAAAAACUUGGGGUCAUUGAUAAAGAUGUUGAUGGGAAAGUUGCAAAAUUUAGAGCACUGAAUGAGGAAAUGAAAAUUAGUAAGCAUGUCAAGCUCCUUAAAAUACCAAAAUGGAAGAUAUUUUCCGGCUACAGGUCUCAAUUUCUAUCUUGUAAAUUUCGUUUUAAUGACAGCAGCAAAUUGAGCAAAGAUGUGUGCUCUCUACCUUCUAUCAACCUUAGUGCCAUUAUCAGAUGGAAAAGAAAGAGAAGAAGGCAUAGACAUCUAGGAAUAAAAUCUUCUGCUUUUAGAAGUUGUAAACCAUCAUUUGUUCUCGAGCAGUGCUCAUCUGUCUGUGAUAAUGCCAAAUGUUGUGAAGAUGAAAAGGAUGAAAAUAUGAAUUCAGUGGUACUUUUGACUGAUGCAGAACCUGUGCAUGGGGCCACUGAGCUAGUGGAGAAAGCAAUUGAGAAGGAUAACAAGUUAUCGAAUACAGGAGACAGUGCUGAACAGAAUCUAACAGGACCAAGCUCUGACAUGAAAGUUGAGGUUGUUGUUGAUGUUUCAUCUACAAAUAGUGAUAUGAAAGAUGAAGAAGCUUUUAUAGAAAAAGAUAGAUCUUGCAGUCAAGUAGAUGAAAGUAAGCUUCUGAAGUAUACAUUCCAAAGGAAGCGAAAAAAAGAAGUUUUGGGAAACACACACCAAAACUUUGAUUCUAAGAAGAGCACAGUGAAGAGGAGGGUGGAGGACAAACAAAAUGGUGCAUGGGAACCCCAGAAUCUAGCAUGAUGGAGGAAACUUUUACAAAUAACCAGCACCUGGAUCAGGUUGCUUAUCAGCUUAUCAUUGUCUGCAAACUGCAAAAUGGUAUUGAUAUCGAUAUGGGUGCUUAAGGCUUUCAACUAUAGCAGACCUUUGAGGUUGUUAUCUUAGUCUCUCUUAGCACAUCAAAGAUGUUUUUGUAAACAUUUAGGCACUCUAGUUUUUUGGUUUUUAAAUUAUUUCUGCAUUUCUAUCCAUAUAGAGAAAAAUGCUGUUUCUACAGUGCUGGUUGCCUCUGUUAAGUGCUUAAUUCAAGCUAGCUUAGCACUUGAGCCAUGACAUGUUGAUGGCAACCCUUGAUAGCUAAUGGAUAUGUUUGUAGGA